AUGAGCGACCUCAGCAAGAACGACAUCGAAAGGGCAUCCUUCGCCUUCUCCAUCUACGACUUCGAUGGAAGCGGCAAGAUCGACGCGUACAAUGUUGGUGACGUACUGAGGGCGCUCAACUCCAACCCCACUCUUGCCACCAUUGAGAAACUCGGUGGCACAAAGAAGAAGGGCGAGAAACAGCUUACGAUUGACGAGUUCCUUCCCAUCUACGCUCAGUGCAAGAAGGACAAAGACCAGGGCUGCUAUGAAGACUUCUUGGAAUGUCUGAAGCUCUACGACAAAGCCGAGAAUGGCCUUAUGCUUAGUGCUGAGCUGACACACACCCUCCUCGCAUUAGGUGAGAGACUUGAGGACAGUGAAGUAGCGGAAAUCAUAAAGGAUUGCAUGGACCCCGAAGACGAAGACGGUAUGAUCCCAUACGCAUCAUUCCUGAAGAAGGUCAUGGCGUAG